AUGUCAGUUUGGAGGACUGCUUCAAGAUCUUUGGAACAAGACAUUAUGGAGGGUGAGAAUCCCGUGUGUGAUCAAGACCAAGAUACCUAUUAUUCAUUUUCUAAGAGUCGAGUUGUUUGGGAAUGCAGCUCAAAAUCGGUGUUAGACUUCAACAAAG